AUGUCCUGCAGCAACAUGAGAUAAUCCAGAGGACUCGAUCUCACUUUGUAUCGAUUAAAUAACUUGCACGGGGACAAGUGUUUAGGAAAUAAGCACAGAUCUGAUAUGCAGUGGAAACACUGAGUCUGGAGUCACCCUUCAGCUGUAGUGUUGCUGCCCUCGCGCUCAAUCUCCUGGCAACAGAGACCUGUUUACCUACAAAACCAGCACAGGACUGAGAGCUGAGCAAACAACCUGGAGCUGCAGGUAUGUCUGGGGACUGAGUGACGCUUUCCUUCUGCUAUGGCUUCUUUUUCUGGGCAGUCACAGAUGGCUGAGCAGGAGAGGACGACUGCUGGAGCAACGGGCAGCAGGGGACGACUGACCAGCAGCAAACUCUGCAAUACUUCUUACUGGGAGACUUAUUGUGAGAGAGUUCAAGACCAAAGCAGCAUGAACCUCUCUCCUUUCCUCGGACAUCCCAGCGGGACCGGCUUCACAGCAAACCAGAGACCGGUCGUAUUUUACAGGCCCAGCUUGGACCACGUUGACAACCCUCAGUUUGGACUCCUGCUAUCAGACAAUUACAAGUCCCAAACUAAACGACACUACCGGCCUCACAUCCAGCCUGAUUAUUAUUCCGGGCCUUUGCCAAACCUCGUUAACGAACACAGACGAAGCGGCUUCCAUCAGCUGAAGAGCCUUCCAAAGACGGUGACUGCAGAGGCGAAGACGGAGUACCAGCGAUUGUUUGUGCCACAUCCCCUCACAUCUACAGUUUCCCAGAACCUGGUGACUUUGGGUCCCAAAGGAAAAACUGGUUUCACGGAAGAGACAGACCGCCAACCAUUCACAUUUCAGGACAGAGAGAGCUGCGCAGUUGAAUCUCGCCAGACUCACAGCUCGGUGACGAAAACGGACUUCAUGCCACCGACAUUUCUGCAGUUUGGGGUCACCGAGGCGAGGCCGGGCCUGUGCCGCCUUUCUUCUCGAGAAACAGGAUUCACUCGAGGUGCCAUCGCUCCCUUGGCCUGCCCGAGCUCUCUUCUGCCAUGGAAGCAAACUCAAAGUAAAGCACCGACUCUGAAGACCAUUGGGAAAAAGGAGCCCACAGGGGCUCUUCUGAACGCUCCCAGCAACCAGAUCUUCCCUGAGGCGCCUUACGACCGUUCAGACUUCACCACACAUUAUAAGAGCAUGUUCUGUCAUUGCGCUGACACUGAGGAGUUGAAAUCUGGCCACACUCCCUCAGGAAUCUACGGCGUGAAAAUGGACAGCGGCUACAACCGUCGAGACACGGACAGGUUCAUCUUAACAAGCUAGACCCUCACAGAAAAAACCCAAACAUUUCUCGUUCACUCAUCACUCCUUUCUCUGCUUUUAAGAGUCACUUUUGUAUACAUAAAAAUGGUGGUUGUGACAAUAAACUGUUGUUGUAUCAGA